AGUCGUCCUUGCAGGUGGGCAGGGUUUUUCAGUUUAGUGUGUUCGGAGGUUCACCUCAGGAAGAAGGAAGGAAGGUAGGGUCAGGACCUGCCUGCAGUGCGGUGAAAUUCGUGACCCUUUGUGGAAAAGCUUGAGGAAAAAGGCAAGGGAAACGUGAACGGUGUGUUUCUUUUUUUGUGUUAGGAUUUGUUGUUAAACAGUGGCAAUUUGGUUGAUGGAGAGUCCUUAGUUAAGGGGGAGGUGGCUAAUAUUACUAAAUGCACGAAUGAUGAAUCCUCACUAGCCUAAAGGACGAUUUGCCGGAAGAAUCAUUAGGAUAAUAGGGUCGGCUUUCAUCAGUCUCCUUACAUUUUUGUGACUUCAUACCAUCGUGUAUGUGUGUGUUCUCGUGUAAAUUAGGACGAGCCUGAUCCUGUUAGCUGAUAAUUUGGGCGAGGACGAUGUCUCGUCACAUGAUUUGAGAGAGAGAGAACAACAUCUGGUGUGGCGCCCUGGCUCCAAAUUUCCGUUUCCGCUGCGAAGACCCUCAGCUGGUACAGGCAACACCUGAUUGCCUCGGGUCGGACCUUUUAUUUUUAUUUCGGGUGGACUCAUAAUCUCGUUUGCGUGCCCUAGAGAGGAAUAACAGCUCUCCCUACUGGUGAUAGUGCACUAAAUUGGGCAAAAUUUAAGAUUUUCGUACAAAUUUUCUUGAAAUUUCAACCCACUUCCUCGACUGUCCGUAUUUUUAUGCUGCAAGUGUGACAUACAACUGCGAGUGCCGUAGACAUGGCCUCGUCGGAAGCUCCACCCCCGUCAGGACUGCAGGACUGGGAGUACGUCAAGCAGGGCAUCGCACUUUGGCUCAACAACCAACCGAAGGCGGCCGAGGAGAGCUUCAAAAAUCGCGAAUCCAGCGUGCACAUCGUCGCCGGGCACACGUUUAUCUCGUUUAUGAACGCCAUAAUAUCGUGGGAAACGGACAAGAUGAACGAGGCCCAGUCGCUGCUGCGGGAGCUGGAGAAAAAGUGCGCCGGCGACAUCGGUUGGCUUCGGACGAUGCGGACCAAGUUGUUUGGCGGCGGCAGCGGCGACCCCCAGAAAUCGUUGGCCGCGACCUUGGAGGAGCAGAUAAUCCUGGCAGACACCCAACUGUGCCUGGCCAUUCUGGUGUCGCUUAGCCAGGACAUUGGUGGCUUCGUCAAGGGCGGUUGGCUGCUGCGCAAGGCCUGGAAGGUCUACCAGCACACGUACGGGCAAAUUUAUCAGCUGUACUGCCGGGUGGUGUCGGUUCCGGAGCAGCAGCCACAGCAGGAUGAGGAGAAGGUGGCUGGUCCACAGGCGCCACUUCGGCACAAGCUGGACGUGGGACGACUUGAGCUGGGAACGCCGUCCUCCGUCGAGUGGACCGUGCCCAACUCGGUGCUGCAGACGCCGGACGGGAUUGAUGAUAACGAAAUCCACCUCGCCAUCGCCCGUCCCAGCACCGAGGAUCUUCGCCGGGAAAUCUCCAGAUCGCGCACAUUGUUUUUCGCACAAAGCACCGAUCAGACCGGCACCGUGGACAAACCUGAACCUCCACCGGAAGACCCCAGCAGCGGUAGCACCACCACCACCGGUGGCAGCUGUGGCAGCGUCAAAAGGAGCCUAACCACCCAGUUUGAGGGAUUCGAUCUUAACCAGCAGAGCUCGCAGAGCUCCAGUCGACGGGAUUCCAAUGGGGAGCCAACGCCGGCCGAGAUGGCAGCGAAGACUUGCCGGGAUAAUUUGAGACUUGAGUUUGAGGGGUUCAGUACGAAGCUUCGCGGGCGAAACGGAUUGAACGGGUUCCGACCGAGGCCACCGCCGGAACCGGUGAACCACGAAGGGGAUGGUGUUGGGCCCGGUGGAUGCGAGGACCGGCCAAUCGAUCCGGACGACGUGCGGCGGUUGAUGGGCGCGGUCAGCUUCGGUUACGGCGUGUUCCAGCUUAGCAUCUCGUUGCUUCCGCCCAGUUUGCUCAAGUUGAUCAGCUUCCUGGGGUUCGAGGGGGAUCGAGCGAUGGGAGUGGCCUGUUUGAUGCACUCGAGGAUCAGCUCGGACAUGCGGGCGCCACUGUCCACGUUGGGCCUGCUGUGGUACUACACGAUCGUGACGCCGUUUUUCGCGCUGGAUGGGUCGAACUUGCACCACGAGAUCUGCUCGGCGCAGGAGCUGAUCGACGAGUCGAACGAUCAGUUUGCCAAGUCUUCGCUGUUUCUGUUCUUUAGGGGAAGGGUCGAGCGGUUAAAGUCCAACAUAAAGGAAGCGAUUCAGGCGUACGAGGUAGCGUACCGAUCGUCGGCUCAGCGCGAGAUCAAGCUGCUUUGUCUGCACGAAAUCGGCUGGUGUCGGUUGAUCCAACUGGACUACGGCAAAGCUAUGAAGAACUUCAAGGAGUUGAGACGCUGCAGUCUCUUCUCCAAGAGUUUCUACGCGUACCUCACCGUCAUCUGCCAGGGCGCGCACGGCUACUUUGACGAGCUGGUCCGCUGGCGGACGGAAAUCACCGAGCUGCUGAGUCGAUCCACUCAGAAAGAGUCCCAGAUCGAGAAGUACAUCGCCCGACGGUGUUCGAAGAUCCCACGCGCGGAAACGGAGCAGGAAAAGUUCGACCCUCUGUACUGGCGUCUGCUGGUCUACGAGAUGCUGUUCAUGUGGAACGCCCUGAACAGCUGCCACGAGGCGACGCUGCAAGCGAUCGUGCAAGACUGCGGUAAGCCGCCGGAAGAACUCAACGAACCCUCGAUCGGUCUCGGCCGGUUGAUCCUGGGAGCUGCUUUGGUCUGCCUCAAACGGUACGAGGAAGCGAUUCGAGCGUUUCGCGAUUGUAUCGAAGCGCGGACCGACGAAGGGGUAGAACUUCAGCAGGACGUACACAUUUCGGCGUUCGCCCACUACGAGCUGGCCAUGUUGUUGCUUCGAAAGGAGGAUGAUGACGAAGACGAAGGAGAGGCCAGGGAAGAAGCGAAGCGGUUGCUGGUGUACGCGCAGCUCAAUUACAAAAGUUUCGAUUUCGAUAAUCGAAUCAACGUCCGAAUUCAUUCCGUGCUGAGGAAGCUUAACUGAGUGGCGACGAGCUUACUAGGCGAAGUAGAUAGACAAGCUUGGUAAUUCCAGAAAUCGAUGAUAAAAAGUUGAUAGAUUUUUCCAACCAUAGUUAAAUUGUCCGUUACGUUAGUCCAAUCCAGCAGGAUUACACUGCCGUUCUACGCAUAAUUGUCCCAUGUCAUUUUUGGACGAUUUUGACUUUUUGACAUUUUUAAGUUUAGUUUGACGUAUACUUUAAGAAAAACACAUAAAAUCUGGUACUUUGUUCGGAAACUCAUUGAAAACAACACCAAGUCUGUUUGUCCCAUCGUUAAACUUCUACGCAUAAUUGUCCCACCAAGUAUUUUCUUACACGAAAUCAUUGGUUUUAUGAAGCAUUAUUUCUUGUGUACCUGUUGUAUACCAAGAGGAUCACAAACAAGAGUGAUAAACUGCUAACUGGGGCGAUUAGGGACACUUAUGGCGAAUAGGAACCCACGGGACAAUUAUGCGUAGAAACUCAAAAAUCGGUCAAAAAAUUUCAAUCGCGUUUUUCUCAGUUGCACUUUUUUGAACAUGGGACAAUUAUGCGUAGAACGGCAGUACAGGAAUAUAAAAUGUUAAUGAAAUUAUUGCUUGUAAGAGGGAAAUACUUCAUUGGUGCCUUACUUGUUACUAGUCGGAGAGAUUAAAAUAAGCUAGAGAAUGCGCGUAUGUUAGAUAAGUGUAGCUUUUGGUAAAGUCCAGGAAAAUGUUUUCAAUGCAAAGACUAAAAAAAGUUGUUAUUAAACCAACAAGUGGCUAUGUGUAAAAAGCAAUCCAAUAUAUUUCUAAUAAAGGUUAAAGUAAAUACUUUAAAA